GGAAACAUGAAGUGGAUUUUGGUCCUUGGGUUGGUGGCCCUCUCGGAGUCCUUAAUCACGAUCCCUUUGCAAAAGAUCCAACCAUUGCGAGAGAGGCUCAGGGAGAAAGACCUGCUGAAAGAUUUCCUGGAGAAGAGUCCUUACAACUUAAUCUCUAAGUAUCUGGGCAGACUGCAGAUGAUGGAAGUGUCUUAUGAACCUCUGAGGAACUACCUGGAUCUGGCGUACAUGGGCACCAUCAGCAUCGGAACGCCCCCUCAGGAGUUCAAAGUCAUCUUUGACACUGGCUCUACUGACUUGUGGGUGCCCUCGAUCUACUGCUACAGCCCCGCCUGUGCCCACCACAAUGUCUUCAACCCUCUGCGGUCCUCCACCUUCCAAUUCUUGGGCCAGCCUCUCUCCCUUUCCUACGGCACCGGAAGUAUGAAGGGAUUUCUCGCCAGCGACACUGUGAAGGUCACGGGGCUUCCCGAAGUGGUCCAGGAGUUUGGCCUGAGCAUCCAGGAGCCUGGCCAAUUCAUGGACUCCGUGCCCUUCGAUGGCAUUCUGGGAUUGGCCUACCCCACUCUCGGCAUCAGAGGGACAACCCCCUUCUUUGACAACCUGUGGAGACAAGGCCUCGUUUCUCAGGGUCUCUUUGCCUUCUACUUGACCAACGAGGAAAAGAACAGCAGUGUGGUGAUGUUCGGUGGGGUAGACCCAGCCUACUACAAGGGAGAACUUAACUGGGUGCCGGUGACCAGACCCUUCUUCUGGCAGUUUACCGUAAGCAGCAUCUCCAUGAACGGAGCGGUUAUUGGCUGUGACAGUGGCUGCCAUGCCAUUUUGGAUACUGGAACCUCUUUGGUGACUGGACCACCUGAACCUAUCUUCAACAUCCAGAGGAUUAUCAAUGCCAGGCAGUCCUAUGGUGGCGAGUACAUCAUGGACUGUGAAGCCAUUAACACGCUCCCUGACAUCAUCAUCACCAUCAAUGGCGUCGACUACCCAUUGCCAGCCAGUGCCUACAUUCGGCAGGAGCAUACAGGCAUUUGCUACAGCAACUUCCUGGCGACACCCGGUAACUUAUCCCGGGAGAUCUGGAUUCUGGGGGACGUCUUCCUGAGGCUGUAUUUCUCCGUCUUCGAUCGGGAAAACAACAGGAUUGGCCUGGCGCCUGCAGCGUGAAUCUGGUCUCCUCCAGGGAGCAACCCGGCCCACGCUAAACACAUGCAUGGGAGGGAUGCCCGCCCAGGGGAGCCGAUUUGAACUGUGUUCAGUGCUGUACAAAGCCCCAUUCUCAGUGGAGAAUAUUUUAUUUUAAUUAUGCUAAUGAUAACGAUUGCUUCUGUUUGGGUGGGGAGGUGCUUCAGAAUGAGGCAGGACUCUACAAGCUGGAGUCUAGACCACAACGCCCAUCAGCUUAAAUGGAAAGCCGGGCUUAUUUGAAGGACACUGGGGUGGCUGAAGGAGCCAGGGCAGAUCCAUAGAGCUCACUCCUUCCCUUCUCUCCUCUUUGCCUGACAACUUUCUUCUCUCAGGCCUCCACUCUUGGUGGAGGACUUUACCCCCUUGCCUGCCUCUAAGUUGAACAUUCGAAGACUUCUAACCUACAAGGCAAGACGCUCAGAAAGUACCGGGUUACCGGCGAGGACUGUAAUUGGUCCACCUCAGGUCAUGUGUCCAUCUCUGGGCCAAUCAUCAUGGCCGUGGGAUGGAGUGCUAUGAUUGGCUCUACUUGGUCAGGUGGCCGCCCGUGUGAUCAGGAAGUGAUUGGCGGUUUCCUACAGAUCACAAAACGGGAGCUGGGGAGGGCCCCUCCCCAAAGAAGGGGGUGGCUGUGGACGCAGGAAGUAAAAGUGUUUCUCAACCGAUGUCUGCUACGCUGCGCUUUCAGAGGGAUGGUGUUAUGAAUUGUGCCCCCACCCCCCAAAAAAUGUGUUGGAAUUCUAACUCCUAUGCCUGUGGAUGUAAUCCUAUUUGAGAAUAGGGUUUUCUUUGUUAUGUUAAUGAGGCCAUAUCAGUG